CUCCCAGGACAUUUUGGCAUCCACAAGGACUUUUUGAUUUGUGCUGCUAAAACGUAGCCUUAAAAUGGCAGUUUUAACAUUGCAUGUUUCCCCCUUUUUUUGGACGUUGGAAUUAAAAUCAGUGUGCCAAGGCUCUGGAGUGCCACAUCUGAAAGCAGAUAGAGGAUUGUGAUGAUUUGAAGAAGGAGAGGAAGGAGAAGAGUCCAGUUUUACUUGAAAUAAUGCUUUACAAGGAGCAAAGCAUGAAGAAGCUGUUGUUCUCCCUAUGGCUGCCCUUUUUCUUAGGGACUGCAGCUCAUAUUCUGACAGCCAAGAAUAAAAUGAAAGAAGAAAUGGAACUGGAUCCUCCAAGGAACUACAAGUUACAAAGUACUCAUCAAACCUCACCUUCAGUUCACACACUGCGACCAUCAGACAUUCAAGUAACUGUUGCUAUAGGAAGUUUGGGAAAUAUGGGAGAUUCUGGAAAGGAGCAAGCAGGUCUCUUCCAAAGCUCAGAACAAGACUUUAUUCAGGGAACCAUGAGAAUACUUACAGCUCUUAUUAGGAUGUUUAAUCCUUCUGUGCAACAUUACUCUCCCUUGGAUAUAAACAGUAGGAUUUUAUCAACAAAUGGAACUAUUGAUCUUUUGGAUCAAGCAAAAGAACUUGUGGAGAGCAUGAGAGAGAGCCAGUUGUUUGACUAUCAGAAUGACUGGAAGCUAAUCACAGUUUUUCACCCGUGUUCUUCACAGAACUCUGACUCCCAGGACAUUUCCCGACUCAACAACAUAAAGAAAUUUGAAAGAGUAUUGGAUUUUUUAUACAGAGAAGUUCCUAAAGUCUUUGUAAAUCUGGUGGAUUUUACAUUGCUCCCAAUCUCAACUCUCUCAAACACAGGUCGGAAUAAUGUCAGGAAUAUAGUUCCUAAUUCAUGCAUUUGUUUCAAAGACUGUUCCAAAUUGGAUGAAUCUGUACGAAAAUGGGUGUAUCAGGAUGCUUUGGAAAAGUUACUGGCAUCUGAAAAGUAUGCCCUAAGGAGAGAUUUCACUGUGGGUCUCCAAAUUUCAUUUGAGGAAGUAAAUAUGCCACUUGCAACCGUUAAUCAUGAUAUUGAUUAUUCAAUAAAGGAGAUGCUACUGAACAUCUCGGGAGAAAAAGAUGCUGCUGUAGGAAUAGAACUUUGGAACAAUAUGUUGACCCCAGCUGGUCAGAAGAAGCCCUAUCACUUCACAGAAGUACCUGAACCAAAGUGUCCUUCUCAGGAGUACCCGUACAUCUUCACAUACAGGAAUAGUAAUUACUCACCUUUUCCAGCGGUGUCACAGACUAAAGCACAUCCUCGGAAAAUGAACUUUGGGACUAUUAUGCCAUGUUCUGACCGUAGCCCCUCUAACACAGUUCCUGUCUCAGUUCAUAAUUUGAGGCCAGGAGACAUAAAAGUUAUAGGUGCCCUUGGGGACUCAAUAACAGCAGCAAAUGGAGCGGGAGCUUUGCCAAACAAUAUUAUUGAUGUGUUAACGGAAUAUCGAGGUCUUUCAUGGAGCGUUGGUGGAAAUGAAAACAUAGCAACAGUCACAACGUUAGCAAACAUUAUUCGUAAGUUCAAUCCUUCUCUGGUGGGCUUUUCCAUUGGCAAAGGAAAGGAGAGCUGUCGCAAAUCUCACUUGAACCAGGCUGUGGCAGGAGCUAAAUCUGAUGACAUCAUACCUCAGGUCAGAAGGCUAAUAAAGUUGAUGAAGAAUGAUUCUAAAAUAAAUUUCCAAGAAGAUUGGAAACUCAUAACCCUUUUUAUAGGAGGAAAUGACCUUUGUGAUUAUUGUAAUAAUUCUGUACAUUCUUCUCCUGAGUACUUUAUAAAGAAUAUACAGUCAGCGCUGGAUGUACUCCAUAAAGAGGUCCCUCGUGCAUUCGUGAACCUGGCAACAGUUAUUUAUGUGAUAUCUCUGAGGAAACUGUAUCAGGAGAAGAGCGUUUACUGCCCAAGAUUGAUUUUGAGGGCACUGUGUCCAUGCGUUUUCAAACCUAAUGACAAUUCCUCUGAAAUUGAGAAUUUAGUGUUUUUAAAUCAAAGGUAUCAGGAAGAAACGCAUCGCUUAAUCGAGAGUGGAAGGUAUGACACAAGAGAAGAUUUCACUGUGGUUGUGCAACCACUUUUCGAAAAACCAGAAAUGCCUAUGACUCCGGAUGGACUUCCAGAUGCUUCAUAUUUUGCCCCAGACUGUUUUCAUUUCAGCCAGAAGACUCACACCCAGGUUGCUCGGGCGCUGUGGAACAACAUGUUGGAACCCAUUGCAGAAAAGACAAUAAUACAAAGAAUUGAACCUGAGAUAACACUCAAAUGUCCAAACCAGGCCCAGCCAUAUUUAAUGACAUACAAAAAUAGCAACUAUACUUACUACAAGGAAAAUACUCCCGUUUAUGGAAGCCAGAUGCUGUGCAAGGAUAAAGCACCAUCCAUCGAAUAUCCUACUUCAGUGCAUAGCCUAAAACCAGCUGAUGUGCAAGUAAUAGCUGCCUUGGGAGAUUCCAUGACUGCUGGUAUUGGAAUUGGAUCAGCACCAAAUGAUAUGCAGGAUAUGCAUACACAAUAUCGGGGUCUGGCUUGGAGCAUUGGAGGAGAUGCUUCAUUAAGGAAUGUAACAACUUUACCAAAUAUCCUUCGUGAAUUCAAUGCUAACCUCACAGGUUAUUCAAUUGGUAUUGGUGAAUUUAUUGAGGCAAAUGCGUUUCUCAAUCAGGCAGUUCCAGGAGCACAGGCUAGGGAUCUACCAGAUCAAGUAAAGCAUCUAGUAAAAAUCAUGAAAAAUGAUUUGAAAGCCAAAUUCGACAUUGUCUGGAAGGUCAUAACAAUAUUCAUUGGAAUCCAAGAUCUCUGCAACUAUUGCAAAGAUAUUAACCACUAUUCAGCGGUAAACUUUUCAAAUCAUGUGGAAGAAGCGCUUGACUUGCUUCAUACAGAGGCACCUAAAACUUUGGUUAACCUGGUGGAGGUGAUGGAUCUUCUCCCUUUAAGGCAACUCUUUCUAGAUAGCAGAUUACCAUGUGCUGUGCACUUAGCAGAAGAUAAAUGCAGUUGCCUUCUUUCCCUUAAAGAAGACUCCUUAGACCUUGUGAUGAUAGAGGAAGCAACCAAAGCUUAUCAGAACAAAAUACAAAAACUAAUUAAGAGUCACAAGUAUGAUACUCGAGAAGAUUUUACAGUUGUAUUACAGCCAUUCCUCCGAAAUAUUUCAUUACCUGUUUUACAGGAUGGGCAACUAGAUAUCUCCUUCUUUGCACCAGACUGUUUUCACUUUAGCCAAAAAUCACAUUCCCAACUUUCUAGAGCUCUCUGGAAUAAUAUGCUUCAACCUGUUAGAAAGAAAGAUGUUUUCUUCAAUUUUAUGGAUAACAUAACACUGAGCUGCCCAACUCUGCAACAACCUUUCCUGGGUACCUUCAGAAACACCAAUGCCACAAAUCCAUCAGAAAACCCUACCAAGUUGCCAGAUCAGAACUGGGGUAGCAAUCUGCCAUGUUCUGUACAGACUGAAUCCAGAGAAGUCCCCACAUCAGUGCACAGAUUGCAGCCAGCUGACAUUCGAGUGAUAGCAGCACUUGGUGAUUCAAUGAUGAUUGCUGAAGGUGCUAAAGCAAUUGGUCUGAAUGAUAUCAAAACAGCUUGGAGAGGACUUUCCUGGAGCAUUGGAAGCGAUGGAAGCUUAGAGACUCACACAACAUUACCUAAUAUUUUGAAGAAAUUUAAUCCAGGCCUCACAGGUUUCUCCACUGGCACGCAGAAGGAAACUGCUGGGUUCAAUGUAGCUGUGGGAGAAGCCACAACCUGGAAUAUCUCAGCCCAAGCACACGAAUUGGUAGAGCUCAUGAAAAGGAGUCCAGACCUCAACUAUAAGGAGGACUGGAAGUUAGUUACCAUCUUCAUUGGAGUCAAUGACCUCUGUCAGCACUGUUUAGAUAAGGAGGUAUAUUCAGUGGAAAAAUAUGUAAACCAUCUCCAGGAAGCUCUUGAUAUCCUUUAUAAGGAGCUCCCUCGGGCCUUUGUCAACAUGGUGGAAAUAAUGGAACUCACUGGACUGCGCAAGAUAGAAAGGGAAGAAUCCAAAUGCGUCCUUUCAGGGGUGAGCCUUUGUCCAUGUUUUCUAAAUUCUUGGAAUAACUCUUCUGAUCUGCAAGAAAUGGAGAUAAUUAACAGAGAUUUUCAGAUUAAAAGUGCAAUGCUAUUCAACAGUGGCCGUUAUGAUCAGCGGGAGGAUUUUGCCAUUGUUGUGCAACCAUUUUUCCGAAACACCUUCCUACCACUAGACAGUGAAGGGGAACCAGAUCGGAGUUUCUUUGCAAUGGAUUGCUUUCAUUUCUCUGAGAGAGGUCAUGCUGAGAUAGCCGUGGCACUCUGGAAUAAUAUGCUGGAGCCAGUUGGCUAUAAACAGUCAUAUAAACAUUUCACAAAGGAAAGACUGAAGCUCAAGUGUCCCACCUCAGAAUACCCAUAUCUUUUCACAUCAAGAAACAGCCAAGUGCACAAUUCAGGCCUCGAAACAAAGUCCAGUGGAGACAGCGUGCCCUACUGGGCUGUGAUUAUAGCGGCCACAACUGGAAUUUUGGCAGGAUCCCUGAUUGUUUGGGGUCUGAUGACUCGUAAAAUCAACAAACACCCAAAGGCAAGAGAUGUAGCAGCUGAAGAGAAGACAUCAAUGUUUUAAAUGUGCAUCUGUGCCAAAGAGGUUUAACAUAUGCUACCUCUUAGUGACAUGAAAAAAGCAACAUGGAAGCUUUGCCCAUGCUAUUUUUAACUAAAGUUUUCCAUCUAAAAGUGGAAGAAAUGACCUCAUCCCACCUUGAAUAGCCAGACCUAGUGAAAGCCAAUGCUUAGCAGUAAAUAUGGGAAAUAUAAAGAGAUCUUACCUGGCAAAUAAAAAAAGAUUAUAUUUAAUUUCCUUUUCUGAUUUUAAAUACAAUAUUAACACU